ACCAUGAAUCGUAUGGCUGUUGCCAUUUGCUCAAUUCUCGGGCGAGCGUAAUGAUGCCUUCUUUGCAGCAACGACCCUCGGUUAGUUGCCAUAUACGUUGCGGACAACGCUUAGCACCUCCUUUGGUACUUAUGCAGAGGCCAACUGUACUACGACUUUAAAUGAGAGAGUGCCUUAUGGAACCUGACAGAUGAAUCUCCCAGCACUUGUGAAUCAUUCAUCAAAGCUGGUGGCCUUCUCCUGUUCAUAAAAAUCUUGAACAAACCGGAUUGCGAUAGUACAGUAAAGACGAAAAUCCUCGGCCUCGUGAAUAACAUCGCCGAGGUCAGUCCGUUACGGCGCAACCUCAUGGACAAGAGUCUCAUUGAUCGACUGAGGGAAUUGAUGAAGACGGAUCUCAUAGAAGUGAGUUAUUUUGCAGCCGGCGUUUUAGCGCAUAUGACGACGGACGGAGAAGAGCCUUGGUCGGUUGAUGGCGUUGCGCAUACGGACGUCCUUAAAGAUUUGGUGAGUGGCUUAGAUGAAAUAUUCGAGGAAAUUGUCGGUGAAUGGGCAAUGCCGGAUGCAGAAAUGGUGGCAUAUCGAACUUUUCAGCCGUUUUUCCCGCUAUUGCGAACCACGUCACCUCAUGCUGUUCAACUUUGGGCCUUGUGGGCCAUGUUGCACGUUUGCAAAUGGAAUCCCACAAAAUACUGUCCUAUGAUGGUUCGUGAGCGAGGUGACAACGCCGUUCGAACUCUAGCCUUGGCGCCGGAAACUGAAGAACAUCCGAUGGUGAAGUCCUUCUCGGUGAACAUCUUGGCGCUGCUUGCCGAACAAGGUCUGGAACCUGGCACAACCAAGUACUACUUCAUGUCACAGGAGAAGCCGUGCAGUAUGGAAUGGCAUGCAUGUUACGGAGGUUAUCCAUGGGAGUCUCGGAGCUAGGGUAAUAGGAUUCCUUCGAUCUGGACAGUGUUGGCUAUACCGGUGGCGUUAAUCGCGCUUCUUCGUUGUAUUUUGUUCGCCAAUUUAUUCAAUUUCCUGUUAACGCGUAGGAAUGAACUAAGUUUCCUGCACCGAGGUGUUCGCGAAUGGAACUUGUGAUAUUGAUUUCGAGAGAGUUCAUUUUUACGAAAGCUUGAGAAUAGAAGCGAUGUAUGCGGGAAUUUUACUUGGAUGUAACGUACUGUAUUUCGCUAUAUGCCUGGUCGCGAGAGCCAAAUAGUUGAGGAUAACGUUACAAAUUGAGGUUUGGAUUGCGGAAAAUUUUCUUUUUUACCGGCUUGAACAAUAUUUGAGAACAUUAAUUCUGGUGUGAAUACUGAAAGUUUUUUUUUUCAAGCAUACACUAUCGCCGUCUCUUAACGUAAAGAUGUUGCUUAUCGUGUACGGUAUUUCAAUUGGUGACGCAGAUCUAUUCCGAACCUGGUGUACGUGUUACCCCGUGUCAUAGCUAAGGUUGUUAACAAACAUAACACGCUUUCGAAGGAUGGGUUUCAUGUCUCUUCGGACCUUUCAUUUGCUCUACUGUAGGUUGGUCUUGUGUCAUUUGAUGUUGGUUUUUUUCUUUUAUCUUUUUUUCAAAAGGCACAAAAUCGUUACGGGGUUCCGAAAGUUUUUUACAGUAUCGCUGGAAAGAAAUGUUUCGUCGCUGCGAAUAUUUUACCAGCUCUCGUGGAUGAUUGAAAUUUCAUCUAAGCUUUCUUUCUUUUAUGGUCCGAGCUCCUUUUUUUCUGUUUGAAAGCUAUGCAAGUUUUUGGGAACGUGGAAAGUGUUCAAUUUUUUUUUUUAAUUGAGGGGAUGGUCAUACGAGUGGAUGUUCGGGUAUCUGGGGGAAUGGUACGAAUUGCUCCCCGAAGAUUCGAUUAAUUAACUUGUUGAUUUGGCUGUGAUGUGGAAAAGGUUUUUUCCACUUUUUUUCGGUUCGUCGGUCGUAACCUGUGGAGCAAGAGAGCGAGAGAGAGAAAAUUAUGUUCUCGAUUCGGAUUUUGAAUUUUUUUUUUAGGAUUGUGGGUGACACAUUUUUGAGUGAUGUUUCCUUUUGAUUUGUUGCGUAAAGAAUAGAGACUUUAUCGGAAUAAACCGAAGACACUA